GAAAAGAAGCUUCGCAAGUUGGAUCCAGCUCCAGCGUACUAGUUUUUUGUGUGGCCUUUUUAAUUUUCUGAUCACAGGUCGCCCUCGAGAGGAAUUAUCCAACAUUGGAUAGCGCAAACAGGACGUCCUGGUGGACACUGCGAUUGUCCCCGGGUAAAAGACGCGUGUGCUUCAGCAUAGGCUAAUGAGUGAAAAUUGAUUGGGAGCCAGGAGUGGACAUUACACCCCUCCCUCAUUGUCUGUUAGUUUAUCAUCCGGAGUGUAUGUACAGUGCCAGAAAAAGAAAAAGUGUUAACAAAAACUUUUACACGGAUCCUAAUCUGUACGGCAUCAAAGUGAACCGAAAUGGAGGCCUCAGCAAACGUAGAUGAUUCUAAGGAACGGCAGAAGUCGAACGAAGCAUGUGAAGGGGCGGGAGAGGAAACACAAACAAAAAGCCCCGAAGAAACCAGCCAAACGUCAAACACCCAACCCGUGGUGGAUAAGGACGACAAACCGCAAAAGCAAUGCGGUGAUGAACCGAAUGAAUCUUCCAACGGCAAACCGUCUUCGGAGCACGCGACAGCAUCUUCAUCUUCCAAAGCAACUUCGGCCCCGCCGAAAAGCAGAUCGUUCGAAAAAAUACCGAUCUUUGUGGUGGAAGAUCAUCACGAAGUGCUCACGUUCCUUUACCGUUGCCUCGGCUCGAAGCAUUUACCGCUGCAUGGAAACCGGAUUGUACACUUUGACUCCCAUCCGGACAUGUGCAUCCCGAAGCAUAUGCCCGCAAACUACGUGUUCAAUAAGGACGAUCUGCUGGAUAGUAUCAGCAUCGAGAACUGGCUCAUGCCGACCGUAUUCGCGGGACACGUGGAACGCAUCGUUUGGAUCAAACCGCCAUGGUCGGAGCAGAUCCCGAAGGGCAAGUUUGAAUUCCAUGUUGGCGAGUUUGAGGGUUCGAUACGGACGGACUCAACGCUGGAGUAUUUCGUGUCGGAGGGUUGCUACCAACCGGAAGACAAGCUUGAGAACCGAAAGCGACUACGGCUGGAAGUGUGCUCGGUCGAAGAGUAUGCGGUGUCCGAGGACACGGAUUUAGCGAAGGGCUACAUUCUCGAUAUCGAUUUGGAUUACUUCAGCACACACAAUCCCUUCCUGAAGAUUUACGAUCGGGUGCAGCUGUACGAGAAGCUGAAGGAUAUAUUCGUUUCGCCCGAACUGGCCGAUGACGCGGAGAAUGAUCUCGAGAAGCUGCAGCGUGUGGCGCGCGAUCGCGAGGAGAAGCUCGAAUUUCUCGAAUCCAUCUUCCUGUACCUGGAAGAGGUGGGCAAUCUGAAGCAUUUCCUAAUGGACUAUCAGCAGGAAAUUAGCGAAGAGUAUGCGGGACUGCUAGAGAAGGUGACUACACUGGUGCGGACGUUGAAGCGCGAGUACAAGGAAGAGGAAAUCGACUGGUCGAUGAUUUAUGACGCGGGCUGCACGUGUGACGUGACCGAUCUGCCGCAUCAUGAAUCCAGCCAGGAAGAGAUUGAAACGAUGGUCGGUCAGCUUGAACGCUUCCUGGAGAAGCUGCCGUGUCCGCCGGUCGUAAUAACGGUGUCGCGAUCCAGCGAGGAUGACUACACACCGGCCACGCAAGUGGAAAUGAUACAGGAGAUGGUGCUGGCAGCGCUUACAAAGUGCCUGCGAGCGGAACUAGAUACCCCGAUACUUCACUAUAAGGAUCAGAAAUUUACACUGUAAGGACAAUAAACCAACACACACCAAUGCCCCUUUCCUUCUUUAAGUUA